CACAAAAACAAGGCAGACUUCCUGGAAUGAGGCUGUUUUUCAGUGAGUGCAGCAGGAGAUCGUGCUCAGACUGGUUGAAGAUGCGUCUGCUCCCGUUUGCUCUGUUGCUCGCAGCUGGAGUCUUCCUGACCUCCGCUGAGGCUCAAAGCUCCUUCAGCAAACUCCCAGACACUUACAAGAAAGGAGUGGAGCUCGCUGUGCAAAAUGUCAAUGCUCACGAAGGCGUCCAGCAGCAUUUUCUCUUCUUUAAAACCAUUGAUAAGUCGCAAAUUGAGGCAGGGCAUGAUGUCACCUACAUCUACCAUAACUUUCAUCUGAAAGCCACCAAAUGCAAAAGAGGAAUUGAGAACGCUGAUACAACCACAUGUGCGUUCAGGAAUGAUCGCCCUCUGAUUGACUGUGCCGUCUGCUAUAAGACCUACGCUGGAGCCAUUGAGACAGAACCCAAACCAUAUAUCAACUGUGUGCAUAAACCCGCUCUCACUGAGGACAUGAAGAAGGAGAGAAUAGAGUAUUGUAAUAAGAUGUGUUACAGCAGUGGAUCUCCCACCCUACUGGCCGUCGGAUCUUAAUGAACCGCUGGAGGCAGUCGGAUGUUCACGGUUUGAAGAACACAGCGUCAAUGAUCUUAACUGUCUAAGAUCAACAGUCUUAUGUGCCAAAUCAGCUCUUUUAUCAUGCAUAUUUGCUUCACAAGAACUAAAGUGAUAGUAAUUGUAACAUUUUUCUGCUUUAAUUUUCACAAGCAAGCAUCACUGUGACCCUAUCCCUAACUUUCCUUAAUGUAAGGUUAUACACAAACUUUUUAAAAUGCGUACCUAUAAAUGGCUACAUCUUGCAUUGCAAGAUAUGAUCAUAUAGUCUUUAAAGUGUUAGUUCACCCAAAAAUAAAAAUUCAGUCAUAUUAAUUACUCACCCUCAUGUCGUUCUACACCCGUAAGACCUUCGUUCAUCUUCAGAACACAAAUUAAGAUAUUUUUGAUGAA